CUUUCUCUCCCGACACGUCUCCCCUUCAACAUGGCUGCACGCGGCGUCUGUCUGGUGUUGCUGUUGGCCUUUCUUGGCCUAAGCCAGAGCUUAUCUACCACCUCAGUCCUUAGCUUUGAAGAGCAAGCAAGACUUAGAAAGACGUUCCAAGAUGCUUCACCAUUCAGAGACUUAGAAACAGCACAUUAUGCCAUUAAAGGAUUAAAGUUUUUUAAAUCACCUAUAUCAAGUGAACAAAAUGUUUGUAAGUUUGUCAAAGACAAAGUAGAUUCCAACAGUGUGUCUUCAAUCUACCACGCAUCAUCUAUUAGCAAAGUACUUGGAAAUUGCCCUCUUACACUAAAAGAUGUUGAUAGUAAGUUAAAUGGAGUUCUUAAAGAAGGAACAUCAACAUCAACCGUAUUCUAUGCUGUAUCAGCUCUUGUGAACCUUGGGAAGAAAGUUGAAACUAGCAGUGUUCUCAAGGCCAUUCGUGCAGCAUCAAGUUCUGAAGAGGACAGCAUUAUGAAUGCUGUGUAUGCCCUCAACACUGCUAUUCUGCUACCAAGAGAAUCUGACUUGACUUUCAUUGUGGACAUGAUUGAAGAUGUUGUUGCUCAGGCUGAUGAAACAGAAAAUACUUACUUACAGUUUGAAGGUGGUUUGAUUCCAACUGCUGAAGUUGUGACAGCCUCAUAUAAACUUGGGGAGUACUUGAAGAAGAAGCCAUCUAUUACUGAGGACCAAGCAAUCAAAUUUGCUAACUACCUUUUGACCAGAAAGCAUGUUCAGUCAGUGAAGGAAUCAUUUUUUCUGCUUAGGGCUCUUAAUGUUCUUUCCAACAAUGAUUUCCAUGUACCUGUUGUUGUGCAGCUUUAUGGAUCUCCUCUCAUYUCAACUGACAGCAAAUUCUUCAAGGUAAGGAUAACUAAUGUACUGGACAAAGCCCUUGGUAAGAUGACUGUUACAGCAGAGUCAGCCACUGAUUCCUCUGGUACUACUAUCAUGAGCAACAAAGACUUUAAACAAGGAAAGGAUGAUGAUUUCAUAGUUUUAAAAACAGACCUGGGGAAAUCUUAUUAUGCUGCACAUAGUUAUGACCUUGAUUUCAUGGCAUCCAAGCCCAGCCCUGGUGUUUACACUGUUACAGUCAAUGUCAAAUCACAGAAGGAAGACAAACGYUUGAUUGGAACCACUGGAACCCAGCUCAAAGUCAAGGUCGUCACCAAGGUUACCAUGGGACAGGUCGACUUGUCUGUGAUCGACAAGGAACACUCCCAUACUGUGAAAUCAAUGAGGAUGCUGUCAUUCAAAAUCCUUUAGAGUGGAAUGUAGGUGUUUUAGCAUUGACGUUUGGUGAUCAACCUGUGAAAGCCAAGAAGGAAAAGCAGACCAUGUAUUCUACUAAACCUACUAUAGAUCAUAUGUUCCGCCAGCCUGAGAAGCGGCCAUCACAGACAGUGUCUACUGCCUUCACAGCACUCAUCUUUGUUCCAUUUGUUGUGAUGCUUAUCUUGUGGAUCAACAUUGGAGCUAACAUAUCCAACUUCCAGUUCUCUUUGGGAGGGAUUGCAUUCCACAUUGGUCUAGGAGGUAUUUUUGUAUUGUAUUAUCUCUUCUGGGURAAACUGGACAUGUUUUCAACACUCAAGUACCUUGCUGUUAUUGGUGGAGUGACGUUUCUCUCAGCCAAUAGUCUUCUAAGCGGAAUAGCAGCUCGUCGGGCAAAGCGUUAGACGAGGAACUAGCAUAAUAUCUCUACUCGGUAGUCUGUCAAUUUUUAUCUAUUGUUUGCUUCCUCUAACUAUUAAUAAUAAAUCAAACUUUUACAUUA